CCCCAGCUAAAAUAGAUUUUUAUUUUUAUUUGGGGGAUCAUGGAAGUUUUUUUUUCCCUAAUUUUUUAUCAUGAUAACUUUCAAAAUUAUAGAAAAGUUGAAUAGUGCGAUGAUCGCCCCCACUGGGAUUUAAUAAUUAACAUUUUGCUAAAUUUGCUUUAUCUAUAUAUGGAUAAAUAAAUGCAUAUACUUUUCUCUCUCUCUCUCUCUUUUUGUGGAACAAUUUGAAAGUAAGUUGUAGUUGUCACGUGUCAGUAUGUGUCUCCUAAAAUGACAGGCCCCUCCAGGACUGUUAGGACUGCUAAAAACAUGAAUGGAAAUGCACAAGUCGGCCCAGGGCAGGCGAGGUGGCUCCCCGAGGGAUUCUGAUUGUUCAUCUGGACGUGGGAAUCAUUCCAGAGGGACAGGCUGCAGCUGGAAAGAGUGGGGCUGUGCAGUCAACAGAAUCAAAUCUAGAAUCCUGACUCUGUCACUUUUUAGCUGGGUGACCUUGGGCAAAUGGCUUACCGUCUCUGAUGCUCAAUCCCCCUUAAACCUACCUGCCAAGCUUGUUUUGAGGCUCAAAUGAGAUAGUACACAGUGCCUGGCACAUAGUAGGCGUGCUUUAAAUAUUUUCAUUUCUCUUCCCACCCUCUGUUCAUAGCCGCCUGCACUUAGCAAGCAUUCGAUAAGUGUGGAAUUCAUUAAUGCAGUAGGCCACUCUUUAUGGAGGACCUUCCCUGUGCCACGUGCUAGGCCUUGAAGAGUCAAUGUGUUGGACAAGUGGUGAAUAUCAAGGCCAAGGUGAACCGGGCCUUCAACUCCAGCAUGGAGGUGGGCAUCCAGGUGGCCUCUGAGGACCUGUGCUUGGAGAAGCAGUGGAGCGUGUGCAAGGCCUUGGCCACUUUUGUGGCUCACCGCGAGCUCUCCAAGGUCAAGCUGAGGCAGACCACACCGCGGACGGAGGAGGAGAAGACCGAGCACAGCGUGGCGGCUGAGCGCCGGCGCAUGCGGCUGGUCUACGCGGACACCAUCAAGGACCUCCUGACCAACUGCGUCAUUCAGGACGAUCUGGAGAGCAGAGACUGCAGCGACAUGGUGCCAGCCGAGAAGACCCGUGUGGAGAGCGUGGAGCUGGUCCUGCCCCCCCACGCCAACCACCAGGGCAACACCUUCGGGGGCCAGAUCAUGGCCUGGAUGGAGAAUGUGGCCACCAUCGCAGCCAGCCGGCUGUGCCGUGCCCACCCUACGCUGAAGGCCAUUGAGAUGUUCCACUUCCGGGGCCCAUCCCAUGUUGGGGACCGCCUGGUGUUCAAGGCCAUCGUGAACAACGCCUUCAAACAUAGCAUGGAGGUGGGCGUGAGUGUGGAGGCCUACCGCCAGGAGGCCGAGGCCCACCGGCGGCACAUCAACAGCGCCUUCAUGACCUUCGUAGUCCUAGACGCAGAAGACCAGCCCCAGACGCUGCCCUGGAUUAGGCCCCAGCCUGGGGACGGCGAGCGGCGGUACCGAGAGGCCAGUGCCAGGAAGAAGAUCCGCCUGGACAGGCAAUACAUUGUGUCCUGUAAGCAGACGGAGAUGCCCCUCUCUGUCCCCUGGGACCCAAGCAACCAGGUGUACCUGAGCUACAACAAUGUCUCCUCCCUGAAGAUGCUCGUGGCCAAGGACAACUGGGUGCUGUCCUCGGAGACCAGCCAGAUCCGCCUGUACACUCUGGAGGAAGACAAGUUCCUCUCCUUCCACUUGGAGAUGCUGGUGCAUGUGGACGCCACCCAGGCCUUCCUGCUGCUCUCAGACCUGUGUCGGAGGCCCGAGUGGGACAAGCACUGCCGUCAUUUUCUGUUAUGCCAACACACUACUUUGGGGGGUUCUGCCAUCAUUUGUCCAAUGGCUUAUGAGGAGGAGCCAAUAUUCCUGAGUAUAUCCAUAAGGAGCGUCUGUGAUUUGGAAACUCAGAGCGUGGAGCUGGUGCAGCAGGUGGACGAGGACGAUGCUAUCUACCACAUCAUCAGCCCCGCCCUCGGCGGUGACACCAAGCCCCAGGACUUUGUGGUCUUGGCCUCUCGGCGGAAGCCUUGUGACAACGGGGACCCCUAUGUCAUUGCUCUGAGGUCAGUUACGCUGCCCACGCACCGCGAGACUCCGGAGUACAGGCGUGGGGAGACCAUCUGCUCAGGCUUCUGCUUCUGGCGAGAGGGGGACCAGUUGACCAAGGUGUCCUACUACAACCAGGCCACCCCGGGCUUUCUCAACUACGUGACCACCAACGUGGCCGGCCUCUCCUCGGAGUUCUACACCACCUUCAAGGCUUGUGAGCAGUUCCUCUUGGACAACCGGAACGACCUGGCCCCCAGCCUCCAGACCCUCUAGGCACCCUCAGUGGCCGCCUCACUCCCACUCCCGCUCCGUCCUGCCCCCAAGGACACACGUGCAGCACACUGAGGAAGGCAGAGGCCUUUAUUCCCUCCUGCCUUGGGAAGCCUUGACCCGGGGGGCCGCCAACCCAGCACUACGGGGUGGUCAGUUUCUGCCAACAUCCGCCAGCAAGUCUUCACGGUAGCUCUGGGGCAGCCUAUAGUAGACGCGGGUCCUGUCCACGGCCCUGGCUGCCAGCAGCACUGCCCGCACAGAUGCAUAGUUGCCCCCUGCAGGGCUGUGCUCGACCGUGAUGGUGGCCCGGGGGGAGGCUGCCAGCAGCCUGGCCACAGCUCCAGCCCUGCUCUGGCCCAGCGCCCCAGCCUGCAGCUGGAAGGACACAGGUUGCCAGAGGCCCUGGCACAGCUCCAGCAUAUCAGUGAGCAGCUGUUCUCCGUAGCCACUGCCCAGCACCUCCUUAGGCCAGCCUGGUGCCACCGUCACGUGGGGGAAGACCUCGGCCACAGCUGUAAGCAACUCCCUGCCGGCCAUGUGGCCAGGGACCGUGAAACUCCCAUGGGAGAUUGUGGCUCCAACCCACACAGGCCGAGGCAGCUGGCCAAGGGUGGAGAGGUGGGCCAGCAUGGCCAGGGACGGCCUGAGGGCUGUGGGCUCUGCUACGUGCAAGUGGACACCCCAGCGUCCAGGGCGUGUGGCGAGCUGCAGCAGGCAGGACUCCAGCGGCAGGGCAGGGCCACCUGGGACACGCACGAUGGGCACGGGGUCCCCAGUCGCAGGCCCCUGGAGGCCAACGGUCAGUAGGAUCAUGCCUUCUCUGUCUGGAAGAGGCAGCGGAGGCAACAGUGUCUGGGGGUUGGGUGAUCAUGGGGGUGUCAGAGGCCCUUGUUAAAGGGGUGGUGGAAUGGUAAUGGAGCAGCCACGGAGCAGGAGCUGGUGCGUGGUCUGUCUGGGCUCUGUCCACCGGUCUGGGCUCCAGGUGGAAGGGCUGCUGUAAACACAUGCCUGGGCUUCAUCAGAAUCACGUAAGCUGCGAGCUCAGCCCUUGGCAUCUGCCUGUGGCUCAGCCCUGGGGCCUGUGCCCCCCUCUCCUGCAGCGCCAUGUGGCUGAGGGCUGAAGGGCAGGAGCCCCAUGCUCUUGACACCUCUGUACUCCCCUUCCUCAGAGCCUGCGUGUUGCCAUGGUAACGGAGACCUGAGGUACCGGCUCCGAGCAAAGGAAAUCCCACAGUUUAGCUCGGAGCGCAGGGGCUGCAGGCAGGCCUUACCUGGGAGUCGAACAGUUGCUGUUCUUCCGUUGCCCUGGAUGUCAGGAGCCAGCCACUCCACGCUCAGACCGUCACUCCCGGGGAGCUGGAGAAGAGGGACCAGGCUGCCCCCCGUGUAGGAGAUUCGCUUCCGUGUGGCAUUCACUGUGGGCCCCAGAUUGCUAAGGUGAAGCGGCUGCCGUUCACGGAGCGCCCUCUGUGCGCACUGCUCUUCACUCGUUCUCUCUAAGCCACACAGCAACCUGCCAGGCAGCUGUCAUUCCUGUGUCGUAGGUGACAAGAAGUGACUUGCCCGAGGUCCUACAGCCAAUAAGCAGGGUAGCUGGGACUGGAACCUGAUGAAGCCGGGUCCAGCUGGUGUCCCUCCCCCUCGCCUAGAUGGCUCCCUGCAGGAACGUUGAGUCUGAUGGCUCCCCUUUGAGGUGGCUUAACUGCAGGCUCUCCUAGGUUUGUUGUCAAGGGAACGAGGGGUUUGGGCGAGGAAACAGGUAGCGUCUGGAUCAUUGAAUAGUGGGUACAGUGGAGGGGCCCCUCUGAAACCUUAGAGAAAGCCGCAGAGGAACUGUGCUGCGAGGGGAAGUGUGGGGUUUGGAAUUGGCUGGGUUCUAAUGUGAGCUGUGCCAUGUAUGAGCUGAAUGACUUUGUAUAAAUUACUUAACUGUUCUGAA